CAGUAGGGCCUUGCGCGUUGGCUGGAAACGAGCAACGGAGCCUUCGAAAAACAUGUGAGCUGUGCAACAAUCAAAAUUAACACAAGGCCAUAAUUCCAGUUGAAUACUCAACUGAACUCGCGAUCUGCACAGUACGAAAAACAAGGGCACGUUCAGAAAUUGAAAGGAUGUCCAGCGAGCAGUCCAACCCCCAACCGGAAACGGAAACGGAAAGAGAAGCGGAAGCGGAAGGCAGCCACGAACUGGCAGCGGAAGUGGAACCCGAAGUCACCGCCCUGGAAGCUCUAUCGAUCGCCAGCUUGGCCAGUUCCGAGGAGGAGGGUGCACCCAGCACCAGCCAGUGUCGAGCGGCGGUACCCACCGCACCACUCACCGGUUGUGUGGUGCGAAUCAAGCGGGAACUGCAGGACGUUCGCAAGCAUCCGCCGCCCAAUUGCUCCGCCGAAAUGUACCACGACGAUCUAUUCCGCUGGACGGCGGGUGUGAACGGGCCAGCCGGAUCGGUCUACGAGGGCGGUCACUUCCGGCUGGACAUCCGCUUUCCCACCGCCUAUCCCUUCCGACCGCCGCGCAUCCGGUUCACCACCCGCAUCUACCACUGCAACGUGGACAGCCGGGGCGCCAUUUGCCUGGAUGUCCUCGGCGAACGCUGGUCGCCGGUGAUGAAUGUGGCCAAGGUUCUGCUGUCCAUUUACGUGCUGAUGAGUGAAUGCAAUCCGGAUGAUCCGCUGGUCAUGUGCAUCGCCGACCAGUACAAGACCAAUCGCAAGGAGCACGACAAGAUCGCCAGGCACUGGACCAAACUGUUUGCCAUGACCAAAUCGGAGGAUAAGGAUAAGGAGAAAGUGCAGGAACAAGGUCAGGAGCAGAGUAUGGAGCAGAGUCAGGAUCAAAAUCAGGAGCCCAGCCCAGUGCCAAGUCAGCCAGAAAAUUAGCAGUCGGAGAAGCAGCCAAUGCCCAAGGAACUUCAGUAGCCCAAUACUCCAUAAAACUCGCACAUACCACUUGAAUCCGUUCAUCCUAAUAAACUAAAAACAAAUGGCACA